GAGACUAAUCAAUUCUCUUCCCUCAGCCAUUGCCAUGAACCCAGACCAGCAAAUGUGAGUGGACGUAUGAGGUGUAUAUUCCUAAGCUCAUCCACGUUUUUGAUACAGAUGCGUGUCAACCUGUAACUACUACACGCAUGAUUAUUAGGUUUUUGCGGCUUUAUCUGUUUCUUGUGUAGAAAUAUAAACAUUAUUUCUCUGCUUUUGUAAUUGAACUACCGUAUUUUGCCUCUUACAUUAAUGGGCUUUGGGAGUUAUGUCUCGGAUCUCUGUGCUUGGUCUCGUAGUCACACUAAACUCAAGAAAAACAGAGAACUACAGACGGUGGAGAUAAAAGUGAAAAUGGAUUGCGAAGGUUGCGAGAGAAGGGUGAAGAAAGCUGUUGAAGGCAUGAAAGGAGUUACGCAGGUGGAGGUGGACCCGAAACUGAACAAACUCACCGUCAUUGGAUAUGUCGACCCCAACAAGGUGUUGCAUCGUGUCAGGCAUCGAACGGGAAAGAUGGCCGAUCUCUGGCCGUACGUACCAUACGACGUCGUUGAGCACCCUUACGCUCCUGGGGCGUACGAUAAGAAGGCCCCACCUGGAUACGUGCGGAAUGUACUGGAAGAUCCGGAGGCUUCAUCUUUUGCACGUGCCAGCUCUUUCGAGGUGAAGACCACCACGGCUUUCAGUGAUGAGAACCCCAAUGCUUGCGUGGUUAUGUGACCCUACAUAUCGCUGUAGAGUGUGCAUGCUUAUUUUAGGAAACUUGAGUUUUUGUUACUGUAUAAAUUUUAGAAUGUUUGUAUGUAACCAAAUCGAAAAUGCUAAGAGGAAAAAAAAAAAAAAAAAUCAUCGUGGGUUUUUAAAAAUCUUUGCCAAUAUAUAUUGUGGGUUUGUUACUUUA